AAAAGAGAACUGUUAGGCAAGAAAAGAAAUGGGAUGUGUAACAGCCAGUGUUGGUGAGCCAGGGGAAACUCUUCUAGUCACAACAGAUGUUAAAACAGACUAUAAGUAGGAAACUCCGACCGGUAGUGAAUUUCGCCCGCUUUCACAGCCCCGACGAGUUCGUGCAAUGGAACAGUGAUUGUCGGAAGUCUCCAAUACUUCAAGUACCGUCUUUCACACAUUCAAGGCAAGAAAUUCAGUUCUGUGAUUUCUGGAAUAUUUUCUGCGCCACCUGAAAAGUCAUCCAGUAGAUAAUGUGAGUCAACAUACAGAAAUACCUUUCUAACUGCGCCACGAAACUGUGGGCAGCAAGCACAGUGACAUUUUACUGACGAGCCCCUUACAAGCAUUCCAGACGUUAGGAACAUAACAGUGUUUGAGAAACGCAUAUCGUCCAAGAUGAUUAAUCUGAAGAAAUCCACCAUUGCGCGUUCAUCGUGGCGAGCCUAAUGUCAAAGGUUAAAGGACGACCCGAAGUGUGAGCAUGCGCCUUAGGGUCGCACUGCUGGUGUGCUGCCUGCUGGUGAUGCUUGUUGCAAGGGCCGACGGGAAAUGUAGGAAAAAAAAGGGAGGGAAGAAAUGUGAAAAGGCAUCAGUUGGCGACCCAGGGCCCCCCCGCUGGCGACGACGCAUGAAGGAGACAGUACUUGUGGAGCGGGAGCAGUCCACGGUGGUGUUAAAGUGUCAGGCCCGAGCUAAUCCCAGACCUCGCUACAGGUGGUACAGAAGCGGCAAUCUUCUUAAUACCAAAAAAUCCAAAAAGUACCGGCGCAGGUCGUACCGUCUGACCAUCAACUCGCUUCAGAUGGCGGACUCCGGACAAUACACAUGCACCGUCUACAACACACUCGGAUCUCUCAACAGGACGUUCACGCUGAGGGUAUUAGGAUCUACUCACGAUAUGUCCGAGAUCACAGUCAAGGAAAGACCGAGAAACCAGACCGCUAAGAUAGGAGACACCGUAGUGUUCGGCUGCAGCACCGACAGCUUCCCCAGGCCAACUAUUGAGUGGUCGCGGAAGAAGGGGAACAGUCCACGUGUGGACAUCCUGCAGAAACCCAGUACCAGUAGACGGGCCGAGAUGUUUGUGCUGGACAGAGUUACUAAGGAUGACGUUGGUUUAUACACGUGCACUAUCAAAAACAAGAUGUCUAGUCGCCAGCUCACAGCUAAGCUAGCUGUUAUACGGGAAGGCGAGGAGUUACCGUUUGAACCCAAGUGCGCGUUGCACAUUCGCAAGGAGUACCUGUAUGACAGUGUGUACGGUUGCAAGACGUCACAGCCGGUCAAGAUUACUUACUGCAUGGGAUCAUGUGGGCGCAGCGAGUUUACCCCCCUCCUCGUCCUGGCGGCUACCAACAUGUCAUCAUCCACAGCCUCUACCCCCACACCCCACAUCAACCAGACGUGCAAUUGUUGUGUAGGACAGGUGCAAAGCCUACGCGUGGUGUCACUGGACUGUCCCUCGGGGGGCACAAUGAACGGUUUCUUCACCACGCUCGGAGGGUGUGUGUGCCGCAGCUGUAAAGUUGAAGGUGGGUGGGGAUGGGCUCCAUCCGAAAUGGGCAUAACAAAUGAACCAACUCCCAGAACACCCUGACGCAGUGGCGACGUUGGGCAAAUGGUGCAGUGUCAUAGCUGCUGCUGACAGUGCCUAGAACCUCACGUCUUUGUAGACGUGCUCCCGUUGCCUAUGCUCCAGUCAACGCAAAGAAUGGCAGAGUAACUCCAACUUGACCCGACUGAUCACUUGUUCUGCACUACAUGCCCGGUCUGUGAAGCAAGUACUUGAUCAUGUGGUUCUGCUUGUGGAUCGCGGCAUGACGGCACGUGAUUUACCUGGGGAUGGAGUGUCGCUUUCGGGACUCCACGCCCGACAUGUAAGGCGCUGUACCCCUCAGGUGUCUGCAGAUGUUUACAUGUAAUGCUGCAUUGUAGUCACUUUUUUUCCUGAUACGGAAUUUUUAUUAUUAAUUAUGAUUUCGGACAGCGCUUCUAUUCACUUCAUAAUGGUAAUAACGGACUCGGGACACAUGCCUGUGUUUUGUGGGUCAACACUGAUGACUACCAUACCUGACCCAGGUUGGGACGUCCUUGGGCACACGGACGGUAAAUUUAUCAAUACAGUCUUAUUUAAUAAGCUUGUCAUUGUCAUUAUAUUCUUAUAACCGCUUACUGCGAAAAGAGUUUUCAAACUAGAAACGUUUAUGAUAGGUUGUUUCCCGUACACUUUGGUGUAUUGACACAACCCAACACAGAUCUAUGUAUGUCACAACAAGCUGCCAAAGAUACCUACACAUUUUUAAGCCACUUUUCCGUUUCUCAAGAUACAUUUAGAUCUAGCAAUAAAUUUCACAAAGUCGACACUUGUAGAGUUCACACUGUAUAAUAAAGACGUGUUCUACUUGAA